AUGAGCAUGGUGCAGGCAGCAGUGCAUAAGGCAGCAGCCUCGCUGUCUGCCCAGCUGGCACUCUCCUUCUUCGUGCCCCUCUGCCUGACAGCUGUUGCCAUCCUGGCUCGAGUGCGGGUCUUGGCAGCUCAGUGGGUGCUGGACGCAGUUGCAGCCUACAACGAGCUUGUUGAGUACCUUCCCACGCUACCCCAGGAAACCUUGGAUGACGGGAGUCAGGUCCCACAGCUAUUGAAGGCGGAGUGGCGCGGAUCGCUGCCACAUGCUGUGCAGCUGCCAUACGAAGCCGGGGACUCCUAUGCCAAGAGAGUCUCGGAGCAUGCAGCUACCAGACCAGUCCGUCUGGUGAUUCCUGCAGCGCCUGAUGCUCGCCCGAAGGUGGCUGAUCUGCGCGCCGGGCUUGCUGUCUUUGAGGACAGGAAGGCGGACACGCCCUCACGGAGCGCAGAGCCUGAUGUACCGCUGUAUGUGCCCUCGGGAGCCCUCGGGUCCGCCGCGCCACUUCUUGGGGCCGGAGACCAAUUUGCUGCGCUUACUGGCGGCCCUGCCCUCCCGGACAGCUCCCAGCUGCCCAGAGCGCCGUUUGGGCAGCCACUGGAGGCAUUUAGGCGACCUAGCCCUGCCAAAAGUGAUGACAGGAUCCUUCAACGCGCCAGCGAAACAGACCUGAAGCGGACAGCUGGAAAGAAGUCAGAGAGCAUCUUUGGCGACGUUAGCGUGAUUGCAUCGGCGCCGCGGCAGCCGUCACCGGACCUGCCGGCUCAGCAGGACUCGCCAAUGCCUGAGGAGCAUGGCAGCGCAGAGCCUAGUCAGGUUGCUGACGGCAAGAGCAGCGACCCUGCAAGGGUGGGCCACCAAGGGGAUAGAGACAUCUUGUCAGCUGAGCCCCUCCCGCUGGCCGCAGCUGCAGAGGAGCCGCUCGAACAAUCGCAUCAGCCUCAUGCAGAGCCAGACCCUGUUGACAGUGCAGCAGCCGUCCCGCCUGAUCCCAGCGAUCACUCAGCCAGUCCGACAGAGGCUGCGGACCUGAGCAGGGGCGAGCAAGAUGCUGCGCUGCUGGACGAGGGAACAGCACCGGCUCCUGAAGAACCCGUACAUGUGGAUCUGCUGGUGCAGACAGACGCCACUGUGGCACCCAUGCAGGUCUCAGAAGCACAGGCAGUCUCUCCUGCGCCGCUGUACGACCUCCUUCCAAUGCUUGGGCUCGGCUCGGCAGCUGCUGAGGAGGGUGCAGAUAUGCCUGACCCUGACGUCAGACACAUGUCGACGGAUCCUGCCUCCCAUGAUGCACCUGCUGCCCCGGCAAUAUUACAGUUCGCCGUCUCCUCAGCGGUAAAUGAAUUCCCAGCAGCAGAGCGGACAGAGCCACAGAUCCCAGCCGACCAGGCAGAGGAUGCGCAGCCUCUCUACAACGCACUGCCGGCUCUGGGCAGCUGGCUGGCAGCUGCACCCUUGGCGCCAACAGCUGGACCUGCGCAUGCAGCAGAUCCGUUGAGCGUGCCAGGUGCGGAGCUGCAGCCUGAGGCAGCAUCACAGACAAUUCAGGAGAGGGGCCCUCCAGGGGAAGCGCCCAGAUUGGUGCUGCCCGGUUCAAAAGCCGGGCAGAAGCGCGCGCGGCAGGCAGCGGCCGCGGCCGCGGGCGCGGCAGCCAGGCACCAGCUGCCGACCAAGCGCAGCUGGGAGGAGUGGCUGCAGCCGGGUGCGUUCUUGUCCCUGCAUCUCUCUCACUGUCUGCUGUAA